GAUCAUUAAAAGAUUUACAACCACCAUUUUUCUUCUUCCUUAUAUUCAUUAUUGGUAUCAAACCCAACUCAAACAAUCUUCUGAAUCUCUUUCUCUUUCUAUCUCCCCCUCUCUCUCGCUGCAAUUCUUGUUGCGGUAACUCGUUCUUUAGGCGCUUAAAUGGCUGCUAAUGAUGCUUCAGGUGACCAUAAAAAUGCUUCAAAUGUGGAAGGAGGGUCCCAUGAUAACUAUUCACUAGUUAUUUGCUUUGGGGAAAUGUUGAUUGAUUUUGUGCCAACAGUGAAUGGAGUUUCUCUAGCUGAAGCACCUGCAUUCACAAAGGCUCCUGGCGGUGCUCCUGCUAACGUCGCUGUUGGCAUAUCUAGACUUGGAGGUUCAUCAGCAUUUAUAGGCAAGGUUGGUGAUGAUGAAUUUGGGUACAUGUUGUCUGACAUUUUGAAGCAAAAUAGCGUCAACAAUUCCGGUGUUCGAUACGAACCUACUGCCAGGACAGCUCUGUCAUUUGUCACUCUUAGAGCUGAUGGUGAACGUGAAUUCUUGUUUUUUCGUCAUCCAAGUGCAGAUAUGCUUCUUCAUGAAGCAGAACUUGAUAUAAACCUUCUUAAGCAGGCCAGGAUCUUUCAUUAUGGUUCUAUCAGUUUGAUUGCGGAACCAUGCAGGUCGGCUCAACAUGCUGCAAUUAGCAUUGCCAAGAAGUCUGGUAGUAUCCUUUCUUAUGAUCCAAACUUGAGAUUGGCAUUAUGGCCAUCACCAGAAGCUGCAAGGGAGAACAUAAUGAGUAUAUGGGAUCAAGCGGAUAUUAUUAAGAUAAACGAGGACGAAAUUUCAUUCUUAACUGGAGGUGAUGAUCCUAAUGAUGAUAACGUGGUGUUGGAGAAGCUUUUCCAUCCUAAUCUUAAGCUUUUGAUUGUAACUGAAGGAUCAGAAGGUUGUAGAUACUACACCCAGGAAUUCAAGGGAAGGGUUCCUGGUAUCAAAGUGAAAGCUAUUGACACAACUGGUGCCGGGGAUGCAUUUGUCAGUGGGAUAUUGAACAACUUAGCUUCUGACGUAAAUCUGUUUCGGGAUGAGAAGCGGUUAAGGGAAGCAUUGCUUUUUGCUAAUGCCUGUGGCGCCAUCACAACAACAGAGAGAGGCGCAAUUCCUGCAUUGCCAACAAGACAAGCGGUCCUACAACUCUUAUCCAAAGCAGCUGCUUGAUAGUAACAAAGAUGUCCAAAUUCUUGUGCCUUCCUAUACCAUGCAUGUAGUUUUGAGUUCCCUUGCUUUUGGAUCACAAUGAGCUUUUCUCUCUUUGGCUAGUUGCAUUUUUUCUGUUUAGGCUUAUGAACAAAAAGGUUCAGUGAGCCAAUUUUCUCCUGGUUGGCUGAUUGUACUUGAGAACCUUUUCCCAAUUAAAUGUUGUAACAUUCUGUUCCAUAGAGUCAUAAAACAGAGUUGCAGCUUUGAAAUCUACAA